GAGUGCGUCGAGGAUUUGGAAGCCCAGGGCGGCCAGGAUCUGAGCAAUGCCAUUGCUGGUGAGCUCAGCGCUAUCAACGACUCGACCGAAGCCCCGCGUGCGUUCCAGGACUUCGAGAGCAUCCUGGCGAAAUCGCACGUCCCGAAGGAGUUCUCGGAUCUGGUGUUGUCCAUUCGCAUUUUAGGGGGCGCACUUCGCAGCCUGAGGGCAGCGAAGUCAGACGCGGCAGGCAUGGACCAACAAUCUACUGGACAGCUCUUUUUCAAGGCGAAGGUCCGCGACUCCGAGAAGAACAUCUGCUCCGGGCUCCAGGCAGCUGGCCUCAUCAAGCAGAAUACGCCUGACCUCCCCGAUACUCUAAUUGACCAGACUGAGAAGAAUAAGUGGUUGGAAGCAGCAUCGUUCGGGCGGCUGAUCCUCUUGGAAGUCUUCAAAGAUCGGAUUGAGAAGCCCGUGGUCGCUUUGGAUGAGAAGGCGACUGAAAUGGUGGCGGCUCUCAAGGCUAUCCCCUCCGAGGCUCAGGAGACCAAGUUCGUCGAGCACUUGAACCGCAAGGCGAGCAGCAGCGCGGAGUUGGCCAAGAAGCAGAAGGCUGUCGAGAGUGCGCUCAGCGAGGGCGUCCUCGCGGCCGUGCCUCACGACACAGAGGCCAGGAAAGCUUUCAUCGCGGAGGCCAGGGAGGCCCUCAAGGUCGGCAAAGCGGCAGAGGGCACAGCCGACGCCGCAAGCAGCAAGGCGGCGGAUG